AUGGACGACAACGACCCAAUAUCCCAGUUCUUUCCUGGAGAGGAGGAGGUAGACCUCUAUGCCGUUUUGUUUCUGGAGAAAGACGCCAAUGUGGACGCCAUCAAGAAGGCGUACCGUCGCCUCGCUCUCGUGUAUCACCCAGACAAGCACGCGUCGGCGAGCGACCAGGCAAAACAGGACGCGUCGACGAAGUUCCAGCAGAUUGGAUUUGCGUACGCUGUACUCAGUGACCCCAAGCGGAAGGCCCGAUAUGAUUCUACGGGCAAGACGGAUGAAGGAUUCGAGCUUGGCGCGGGCGACGAUGGGUGGGAGGCAUAUUUCGAAGAGCUUUUCGACCGCGUCACACGCGGAAAACUGGAUGAAAUGAAGAAGGAAUACCAAGGCUCUGCUGAAGAGAUCGAGGACCUCAAGGAGGCGUACAACACUACGAAUGGUUCUCUUGAGGAGAUGAUGACAUAUAUCCCGCAUUCGACUCAUGAAGACGAGGCCCGCUUCAUCGUGAUCAUAACUGACUUGAUCAGGAAGAAGCAGCUGAAGACCACGCCCACUUGGGUUUCGACCUCGAAGGACGAAAAAGCCAAAAUGGUCAGAAAGAAGGAGGCAGAGAAGGAGGCGAAGGAAGCUGAACAGAUGGCAAAGGAGCUCGGUGUGUGGGACGAGUUCUACGGGAGUGGGAAAGCCACAGAGCGCAAGAAGGGGAAGGCUAAAGACAAGGGUAAGGAGGAGGCAGAGGAUGAUGAUGACCACUCCGCUCUCCAGGCGCUUAUUUUGAGGAAGAAAGAGAAGAAUAUGAACAACUUCUUUGAUGGUCUUGCUGCUAAAUACGCGGAGCCUGCUCCUAGGACAAAGGGCAAGGGCAAGAAACGUGGUCCUGAAGCUGCCGAAGAAGAGGAUUCUCCCAAGAAAAAGUCACGUUCAAACGUCCCUGCUCCGCCUGAGAUCGACGAGGAGGAGUUUGUCAAAUUGCAGGAGAAAUUGUUUGGAGAUAAGAAUAAGGCCUCGUCGGACUCUUCUGGAAAGAAGAAAGCCAAGGGUCGAAAAGCGAAGUAA